CCCAGCCUUGUGCGGGGGGAGCCGUUCGUGCGGGGCAUCGUGUGGGCCCGCGGUCGCGGCGGGGCAGGAGGACGUGCGGGGGGGAGGGGGCCCUCUGCGAGGUGUGCGUCGCGGCCCCUGCUAGUGCACCGGGAAGUCCCCGUGGAUGACCUUGAAAAUAAAGCGGCCGGUUUUUUACCCGCAAAACGGGUUUAUUCGGAAGUGACUGGAAUUGCAGUUUCAGGCCUGCGAGCUCAAGAAAUGGAGGGGGAAAUGGAGUAUUAAACAAGGCAGUGAUGCGGCAGACCCUACGAGAACCAUGGCCACAUCCGAUGACUGCCUCCAAGGUGAACUGCAGGAGGGAGAAGGUCACGUGGAGUGCGGUGACCGGGAGCAGCUCCAGGAGGGUGUGCAGCCGGAAGAGUUCGUGGCCAUUGCAGACUAUUCUGCCACUGACCAGACGCAGCUCAGCUUUUUGAGGGGAGAAAAAAUUCUUAUCCUGAGGCAGACAACUGCUGAUUGGUGGUGGGGCGAGCGCGCGGGCUGCUGUGGGUACAUACCUGCAAACCACCUCGGGAAGCACCUGGAGGACUGUGACCCUGAGGACACGUGGCAGGACGAGGAGUACUUCGGCAGCUAUGGAACGCUGAAACUUCACUUGGAAAUGUUGGCAGACCAGCCGCGGACAACUAAAUACCACAAUGUUAUCCUGCAAAAUAAAGAAUCCCUGAAAGAUAAAGUGAUUCUGGAUGUCGGCUGCGGAACAGGGAUCAUCAGCCUCUUUUGUGCCCACUAUGCGCAGCCUAAAGCCGUGUACGCGGUGGAGGCCAGUGAGAUGGCCCAGCACACAGGGCAGCUGGUCAUGCAGAAUGGCUUUGCCGACAUCAUCACUGUGUUCCAGCAGAAGGUGGAGGAUGUGGUGCUGCCGGAGAAGGUGGACGUGCUGGUGUCCGAGUGGAUGGGGACCUGCCUGCUGUUUGAGUUCAUGAUCGAGUCGAUCCUGUACGCCCGGGACGCGUGGCUGAAGGAGGGCGGGGUCAUCUGGCCGACCACGGCCGCGCUGCACCUGGUGCCCUGCAGCGCCGACCGGGACUACCGCAGCAAGGUGCUCUUCUGGGACAACGCCUACGAGUUCAACCUCAGUGCCCUCAAAUCUUUAGCAAUUAAGGAGUUUUUUUCGAAGCCCAAGUAUAACCACAUUUUGAAACCAGAAGACUGUCUCUCGGAGCCGUGCACCAUAUUACAGCUGGACAUGAGGACUGUGCAGAUCGCGGACCUGGAGACGAUGAAAGGCGAGCUGCACUUCGAGAUCAGGAAAGCCGGCGCGCUGCACGGGUUCACGGCCUGGUUCAGUGUGCGGUUCCAGAGUCUGGAGGAGGACGAGCCCCAGCUGGUGUUGAGCACAGGCCCCUUCCACCCAACCACCCACUGGAAGCAGGUGCUCUUCAUGAUGGACGAGCCUGUCUCUGUCGUCCCGGGGGACGUGGUCACGGGCUCAGUUGUGUUGCAGAGAAACCCGGUGUGGAGGAGGCACAUGUCCGUGGCGCUGAGCUGGUCUGUCACUUCCACGCAAGACCCCACGUCACAGAAAGGUGGAGAGAAGGUCUUUCCCAUCUGGAGAUGACAGCGGACGCUCUGUGGGGAGCGGGGAGCUGACACUGCGGGAAGGAGCCCUGGGACAGGAGCCCCCGUGCUCGCCGCCUGACCCGUGACAGCACCCGCCUCUGCGGGCUCGGUCCCGUCGUCAGAGUCACCUGCCGACCGCGCCGGGCUCGGCGGGAAGUCCCUCACCACCGUCACUGCCUGUGUCCGUCCUCUAGAAGUAGCUGUGUUUGCAGGUGUCCACCAGUGGUGUCCACAGUGCUGGCUUGUGGGUGAGUUGGUGGCACAGUGUCCCUAGCUAGGUCUAGUUCUAAGCUCGUAGGACACACACGCAUCACCCUUGUCGUCCUGUGAAAGUGACUGUUCACGCAUCGUGUGUCGUGGUGUCCUUGCUGCCCUAGACCCCCCUCGCCAUGCAGGAGGUGGGGCUGUCCCAGGCCGUGCGGGCCCCGGAGCUGGCCGUGCAUGCGACGGGACUCUGCAUGGGUAGUACAGUCGUAGAGACGUCUUCCAGGUCCGUUCUGUGUCGGCACAUCGCACAUGUCCAAUAAAUAUUUUUAAAUAAAUGAUGUUGGCGUGUAACCCA